AUGUCGUUGCUACCGUACGUACUUGGUGACUGGCCUCGCCCCGGCCGUCUUUUGGACCAAGACUUUGGCUUGGCGUUAACUCCAGACGACCUACUUACUGCUGCCGUCAGUCCUUUGCUAUCGAGGGAUUACUACAGACCCUGGAGACAACUAGCGGCUGCAGCUCGUGAUAUUGGUUCAAGCAUCAAAGCUGAUAAGGACAAAUUUCAAGUAAAUUUGGACGUUCAACACUUCGCCCCGGAGGAAAUUACGGUGAAGACUGCUGAUGGCUUCAUUGUAAUAGAAGGAAAACACGAGGAGAAGAAAGAUGAGCAUGGUUAUAUUUCUCGUCAAUUCGUUCGGAGAUACGCACUGCCAGAAGGAUGCCGUCCGGAAACCGUGGAGUCUAAACUUUCUUCCGAUGGAGUGUUGACUGUCGUGGCACCUAGACAACAGCAGGCAGCAUUGAAGGAUGAGAGAGCUGUUCCCAUUCAACAAACCGGACCCGUGCGCAAAGAAAUUAAAGAUUCAUCUCGGGAAGAACCCAAGAAGUAA